AUGGAAUCCGAAGAAAAUCUCCAAGAAAAAAUUGGGCCAUUUACCAGCAACAAUCUGGAAAUCCGACCUCCGUUGACCCCGCAGAAUAUAAUCUCAGCUGACUCGUCCAAUUCUGUAACAGGCUCCACCUCCAUUCAGGAUCGUUUCGAUGAACGGCAGGUUAAUUCCGAUUCUAGUACACUCCAAAAAUCCGGUUCCCGAAAGCGAAAACAGGCAGAGCCAAGAUGUAUUCCAUCCAAAAAGGUUGAAAAAAAGGUAUCCGAAUACUUCAAAUCUGAAAAGGUGGGUAAAGCAUUCACAAUUCUUGAGUUUAAAUGUACGCAGACAAAAAGGCAUUUUUUACGUGUUCACGGUUUCAACUGUUCUCUUACAGAUUUCGAUACCUAAACCGAAGUUAUCGUUGUCUGCCCCGACAGAUCUUGGAGAUGUCCAACCACAGACCUCAUCUACCUUUGAAGGUGACAUUCCAGGCUACGACUAUAGCUACACAAUUCGACGACUUUCAGAGGAGUUGGAAAGUUCAACCAAAGAAAUGGAAAUCCAAAGGAAAAAGAUGAAUGAAUAUCGGGAAGUUAUCCGAGUUCUGCUGGUUGAGAAAUCAAAGGCGCAGCGAAAGAUGGCUCGAGAAAAAAAUUUGGCUAACCAACUCAGAAUAGGCCAAUUUAAGCCUGCUAGGAUUGGAGAACAAUUUCGGGACCAGUGGAAUGAUGGUUAUGCCAUGGAGGAGAUUACUGCGAAGUUAGAGAAGGUUAAAAAGGAAAAGGAGGACAUUCAUAAUGCGCUUUUAGCCUUGAAGAAGAAGAAAACUGCAAAGGAAGCUAAGAAGUAAGUUACUUUUAUACUUUUUGUCUACUGUUAAUUUUAAGAAACUCGAGUGAAACCGAGAACGGAAAAAUGGUCACCGAUGAUGGAUUCAUUAAACCACCGUCUCCAAAAGAAAUGAAUUCUCGGGAGAUAUACGAGCAAGAGGAGAUUUAUCGUCUUCGAAAGGAACACCUCAGAAAAGAAGAAGUUGAACUUCUGAUGGAAAAGGAUAAGUUGGAACGAGAACGUAAUCUGCAUGUCAAAGAGAACAAGAGAAUUCAAUACGAAGAGCAGUCUCGAUUCAAGGACCAUGUCUUAUUGAACGAGCGCUAUCUCUUGAUGUCUUUAUUAGGGAAAGGAGGAUUUAGGUAGGAAGUUUACUCCAUUGUGUAUUCUUGGUUUAGCGAAGUUUGGAAGGCUUAUGACUUGGACGAGAAUCAGUACGUUGCAUGCAAGAUCCAUCACGUUCAUAAAGAUUGGAAGGAGGAUAAGAAGGCCAAUUAUGUGAAGCAUGCGAUGAGAGAAAAGGAUAUUCAUAAGUCUUUAAAUCAUUCCAGGAUAGUUCGGCUCUACGAUCUUUUCACAAUUGACAACGAUUCUUUCUGCACUGUUCUUGAGUACUGUGACGGCAAUGACCUGGACUUCUACUUAAAGCAACAUAAACAAAUCCCGGAAAAGGAAGCCAGGAGUAUUAUCAUGCAGGUAAAGUGACACGGUUUUUAACAAAAAUUUUUGUUAAGGUGGUUAGUGCACUGAAGUAUUUGAAUGAAAGAAAGAGUCCCGUUAUCCAUUAUGAUCUGAAGCCAGCGAAUAUUCUGCUGCAAUCAGGGACUGCUGGAGGUGAGAUAAAGAUCACGGAUUUUGGAUUGUCCAAAACUAUGGAAAACUCGGAUGACGGAGAGAGUAUUGAGCUCACAUCUCAGGGAGCUGGAACGUACUGGUAAGUUCCUAUGUAGGAUUUGCGAACCAUUUGUAGGUAUCUCCCACCAGAGACUUUCCAAUCGUAUGGUCAUGGAAUCGCCCCGAAGAUCAGUUCGAAGGUGGAUGUCUGGAGUGUUGGCGUCAUUUUCUAUCAGUGUUUGUAUGGAAAAAGAGUAAGUGUACGGCCAUGUGAUCUUUAUUCAUUGAUUUUUUAGCCCUUCGGCCAUGAACGGACUCAACAGCAGAUCCUGCAGGAAAAGACAAUCCUCAAUGCUUGUGAAGUCUCCUUUCCUCAAAACCCAAAGAUCAGUUCAGGAGCUCAAGAUUUCAUCCGCUGCUGCCUCCAAUACAACAAAGAUGAUCGUUCCGAUGUUUUUCAACUCUCUAAACACGAAUAUCUCAGAGGGCGGUCCCUCAAAAGUGUCUGA